AUGGCUCCCACUGCUGUUGAGACGACCCCCGACACCCUCCCCACGGUCGUCAAGACCCUCAAGGAGGAGGCCAGCAAGCCGCAGCCCCUCAGAACCACUGGCGUCCUCGACCAGUAUGAGCACUUUGAUGUCACCACUGUCAUUGGCCGUGAAUUUCCGAAAGCCAAUCUCGUUGAGUGGCUGGAAGCUCCCAACUCUGAUGAGCUUAUCCGUGACCUCGCCAUUACCAUCUCCGAGCGAGGAGUCGUCUUCUUCCGCGCUCAAGAUAAUCUCACCAACGAGCUGCAGAAGAAGCUCAUCCUCCGACUCGGUGAGCUCACCGGUCGACCAAAGACCAAUGGUCUUCAUAUCCACCCCCUUCUGAACUCCGAGCGUGAAAUCCUCGGCGGCGACGACCUCGAAAUCAGUACCAUCAGCUCCGUUCAGCAAAAGAAGUACUACAAGGCCAACUUCAAAGAGCAUUCGAGCCCGAAACGGCAAGCCCGUGCGCAGUGGCAUAGUGACAUUGCUUUUGAGCCCGUCCCUGCGGACUACAGUUCUCUUCGCCUCGUCCAACUACCAAAGACGGGCGGUGACACCCUUUGGGCUAGCGGGUACGACCUUUAUGAUAUCCUCAGCGAGCCUUUCCAAAAGUUCAUCGAGACCCUUGACGUGACGUUCGAGCAGCCCGGCUUCGCAGCGGCCGCUGAGCGUAACGGCUUCAAGCUCUAUGACAAGCCUCGUGGUGCCCCCGAGAACGUCGGCUCAAUCCUCAAGGCCAUCCAUCCCGUUGUGAGGACCAACCCCGUGACAGGAUGGAAAAGUAUUUUCCCGGUAGGAGGUCACGUCAGCCACAUCAACGGCGUCACUGAGGAGGAGAGCCAGAAGCUCCUCGACUGGUUCCUUGACCUUCUUCACAAGAACCACGACCUCCAAGUCAGGCUCAAGUGGCAAAACCCCAAUGAUAUCGCCAUCUGGGAUAACCGCAGUGUGUUCCACACUGCUACUUUCGAUUACGACGAGCAAGGCGAUCGCUUCGGCAACAGGGCGGUUGGGUUGGGCGAGAAGCCUUACUUUGACCCUAACAGCAAAUCUCGCAGGGAGGACUUGGAGGCUAGGAAGGCCAGCGCUUGA